AUGAAUCUCGAUCCCCAUCAGCAUUCUAUCAAUGAUUGGUCUGAUUGGGAACAUUGGAAUCCACAGUUUACUGUUCCCCAAGUUGGCCAACAGCUAGUACCGGUCGGAUACUGCUACUCUUUCGGUCAUUACUCAUACUUGAUGAACCUAGUAUCCGAAUACCCUAAAAUGAUUAAGCACAUCAUGCGGUUGCGUCUAUGCAUCAUUUCUUUCUGGAGUCUACUCAACGCCGCUGAGUAUCUUUUAUUGCCCCAGAAUCCCACUUGUCCUAGUAGCGGCUUGAAGUCUUCCACCUUCGCUAUCAUGCAAUAUCUGGACUCUGUGCGCUGGAUUCUCGCAACAUUUCUACCGCUAUUUAGACCCUACUCCAUAACAAACCCAUCCACAUCUGUAUCUUUUGCGGCAACUGAGUUCGACGUCAUAAUUGUAGGCGGAGGGACGGCAGGGCUCGUUGUAGCGAAUAGGCUCUCAGCACCGAGAUCGCUCGAUACGACUCCAUUACGCGUUGGAGUCAUCGACGCCGGCUGGUCUGCAUCGGAAGGCGACCCUCUCAUCGACAUUCCUUACGGCGCCAACAUAUUCUUAGGCAAUUCAUCGGCUUCGACAGUGGGAAACCCGAAGUACGAUUGGAUGUAUCAGACUGUCCCACAGCCUGCAUUGGACGGACGCAUCAUCGGUUACCCACGUGGUAAAGUACUCGGUGGGUCCUCUGCACUGCAUGCCAUGGCCUGGCAACGCGGUUCCCGGACAGACUAUGAUGCGUGGGGAGCUUCGUUUGGGAACGGGGACGACUGGACUUUCGACGCUCUACUACCAUUUUUCAAACGGUCCGAAAACUGGACGGCUUUGACGUCCGCCACAACUUCCGACACCUUAUUAACAAAGCCAGCUGAAUAUGGGCAGCAUGGCCCACUUUCCAUCAGUUAUAACAGCUACGUCUCCGGGGUUGAUGACGCCCUCAUGAAGUCCAGCGCCACUAUGGGGUAUCCGUUCAACGAUGCGCCAGAUUCUGGCAUUAUGAACUACCUCCCUCGGGCCGGUAUACCCCGUACGCUAGACACUCAAUCUGGGAAACGAGCUUAUGCGGCAAGUGCCUACCUCAACGAAGAGGUGAAGAUGCGGCCGAACCUGGUGAUUCUGACAAACGCCACAGCUAGCGCCAUUGUAUUCGACGAUACAGUCGACAGGGCCGGACUCAUGGCUCGUGGUGUCCAGUACAUCGUAGAUGGAAAGACGUAUACUGCCACUGCCACUCGUGAAAUUAUUUUAUCUGCAGGCUCGCUCAAAACACCUCAGCUGCUUGAGCUCUCUGGCAUUGGGAACGCAUCGCUUCUGAGAAGUCUUGACAUCCCGGUCAAGCUGGAUCUACCUGGGAUCGGAGAGAACCUCAUGGAUCAUCCCGUCAGUAUCUCUGACUUCAAGGUAAAAGAUCAUGUUGAAACGUUGGACGGGCUUACCUUCAACGAAACCUACUUGGCGAAGCACAAACAGCUUUAUUAUGCCUCUCAUACCGGUGCUUUCACGUACACUCCGUCAAUCACUGGUGGGUGGCCUUGCAAGGACAUCCUAACUAGCGAGAAGUAUGCGAGAAUGCGCUCGCAGUUAAAUAGCGCUCUGUAUCGAACGCCAUUGACACCGCUUCAACGUGCUCAAUACGAUGUCAUGAAGAAGGUGCUCCUUAGAGAUGAUGUUCCAUGCUUUAUGCCCGCUGUGGUGCCGCACGGGGCGAUGGCGAGUCUACCACAGCCAAACACCAGCUAUAUUACCAUCAUUGGCUUCCAGUUACACCAGUUCUCAAGAGGUACCGUGCAUAUUAACAACUCGGACCCAAUGUCGCCUCCCUUGAUUAAUAAUGCGUUCCUGUCAAUUCCUUGGGACCUGGAUCUCCAAGUCGAAGGCAUGCGCUUCAUCCGGAAGUGGGUGAGCGCUGAGCCUGUCGCGAGUCUCAUCGACGAACUCGUUACUCCACCUGCAGAAUUGGAGGAUCCUGACGAGUGGGCUUCCUGGAUCAAAUCGACUGUCUGGUCAAUGGCACACCCGAUGGGUACCACUGCAAUGGCAUCCCGGGAGCUAGGAGGCGUCGUCGACCCCAGGCUCAAGGUAUAUGGCACGCAGAAUGUACGGAUCAUCGAUGCGGGUGUCAUCCCGAUGACCGUCGGUGCUCCUAUCCAGGCGGCGGUCUACGCCCUCGCAGAGAAGGGUUCGGAGAUUAUUCGACAGGAUUUAUUGGGGUUCGAAAAAUCUCAAGGGGUAGAACAGAUAUCAAAGAGAACCGACGAGCUUUAA